AUGUGCUUGCAGCUCUCUUCUCUUCUGACGACUCCAGUGGUGUCUCGUCAUGUACCACUUCCGACAGCCUUAAUCCUACGCAUAGAGCUCAAUCGACAUUUGUUCCUAGUGAUUCGCUUUUACAGGCAUAGUGAUGAAGUCUUGCUUGAUAUCGGAGAUGCGGUUCAUGUCGAUAGAACAUACGAAGAUCACUGGUGUUACGGAACAAAUCUUAGAACUGGAGUCUCUGGAAUUUUUCCUUCGGCCAUUGUUUGUGAAAUCGAUAUCGUCGAAGAAAUUUGUCUUGGAGCGCUUCCAUCAAAUGCUAACAAAGUGACCGAAUCAGAACGAGACACUUUCUACUUGACCAUGUUGGCAUCGAUCGAAGUAGGUCAUCAUAAAGGCAACGACGUUCUCGUUCAGGCGAUGAACAAGGUGUUAUCGAUGUACAAAAACCACGAAGAGGUGAUCGUUCCGCAGACGGUUCUCAUGGAGGUUUCCUUUCGUGGGAUUCAUGUAAUUGACAAGAGGAGAAAGAACUUUUUCCAAUGUCCGACGUUCGAUUUCUUCUACAGUUUACAAAAUAUUUCGUUUUGUGGAGCGCAUCCAAAACAACUCAAAUAUUUUGGUUUCAUCACAAAACAUCCGCUGUUACCGCGAUUUGCUUGCCAUGUGUUCUUGUCCAGUACUUCUACACAGCCGAUAGUUGAGUCAAUUGGACGAGCUUUCAAACGUUCUUACGACGAAUACAUGGCGUUCGCACAUCCGACAGAAGACAUCUAUCUGGAGUGA